GCCUUCGGCGGCGGCGCGGGCGCCGUGCUCGGCUUCACGGCCGCGCCCGGCGACGCCGCGCUCGACGCCGCGGACGCCGCGCGCGCGCGCGCGCUCCUCGGCUGCGCGAACCUCCGCGACGGUGCCGGCGGCGCGCCGCCGGCGGCGGCCGCGGCGUCGCGCGACGCCUGGGCCGAGGCGGUCCUCGCCGCGGCGCUCGGCGGCCGCGGCCCCGGGCCGGCGUACGUCGCGCUAUGCCUCGCCGAGGCCGAGCACGCGCGCGGGCUGCUCCACGCGGCGCGGCGCCGCGGGGGCCCCGGCGCGCCGCCCUUUUCGCUCCGCGUCGUCGGCCGCUGGGACGGCACGGCCGACGGCGCCGCCGCGGCCGCGCGCGGCGAGGACCCGCUCGCGCCGGGCGCGGGCCUGUUGCUCGACGCGGCCGCGGGCCGCGCGGCGCCCGACGGCGAGCGCGACGCGACGGCGCUCGCGUGCCUCCAGUUCUUCGACGUCGCCGACGACCUGAGCCCCGCGCACGCGGGGCUGCUGCUCCGCGCGCUCCAGCGGACGCCGCCCGCGGGCCGCGUCCGCUUCCGCGACGCCGCGCGGCGGUGCCGCCGGCGGCCGCGCGUCGCGCGCUUCGGCGCGCUCGGCUGGCUCGCGGGCGCCGCGGCCCCGGCGCCGGCCGGCGCCGGCGCCGCCGCGGCCCCGGCCGCGGCCGCGCCGCCGGGCGCGCCCCUGCGCCGGUCCGUCGCGGCGCUCGUCCUCGACGACGAGGCCCGCGUCAUCGAGCACCGCGCGGCGGACGCGGCGCUCCGGCUCCGCCUCGAC